GAUGGGAAGUACAUCACCGGCACGGUCGACAAGGACGGACAGUGGGUCAAGCUCAGUGGCAAGCACUACUUGCCUGUGAAGGUGGGCGGUAUCCAGGUGCUCCACCCAGUGGAUCCCCAGGACGUCCCGGCGCAGUCGCCGCCGCCGAACCCGGCGAGGGCUGUUGAGGCCGAGCCUAAGGCUCGCGAG